UUGGUCACCGGCUCGCGGCACCACAGCAGAUCUCCGGCUGCCGUCACUUCACAUCACAUCAGGAGGUGAGCCCCGGGCUCCAGACUGAGUGCUAGCCAUGCUGCAGCAGAUUGAGCCAUCGUCCAGCACCCUGCAGCUGGUUGCCAGUGAUAUGAGCGACAUCAUGGACAAUCUGGACACCCGCGAUCUCGAUUUAGGCGAUGGAGAUUAUGACACGACAGACACCAAUGCACCUGCAGAGGGUUUGCCUUUUAAAGAGAUUUACAACACAGUGGGUUUCAAGGAGACAGAGGCCAAAGUCUACCUUUCCUCUCCCAUCACUGUCAAAAUCCUGGAGGUGGAGCGUUUCACCUCAGUUCAGGACCGCUUCAACCUCACCACGCAGAGGAGCGUCAACAAGUCAAUGCCAGCUGUGUAUAAAAUUGAGAUGAAACAUGGAGAGUUUACAUGGUUGGUGAAGAGGAAGGAGAAGCACUUCAUCGAUCUCCACAGAGAACUGAGAACAUACAAGACCUUCAUGAAGAUUCCACUUCCACGCAGUCACACGGUGAAGAGGAACAUACCGUUGAGGAGUGAGGUGAGCCAGAUCCCAGAACUCCCCAGAGGAGGCGAUGGCGAACUGGACAGAGGAGUUUCCAGUCGAAGGAAACAACUGGAAGAUUACUUGAAUACUGUGCUAGCGAUGCAGAUGUAUAGGAACUACCACGCUACGAUGGAGUUCAUUGAUGUUAGUCAAUUGUCUUUCAUUCACGACCUGGGACCAAAAGGACUAGAGGGAAUGGUGCUGAAGAGAUCCGGCGGCCAUCGGAUCCCCGGCAUGAACUGCUGUGGUCGCAGCAGAAUGUGCUACCGCUGGUCCAAACGGUCAGUUGUGGUGAAGGACUCGUUUCUGCUGUACAUGAAGAUGGAUUCAGGCGCCAUCUCCUUUGUAAUGCUGUUUGACAAAGAGUUUGGCAUCAAGAUGGACUCCAAGGACACGGAUACCAAACACGGCGUCCGUGUGGACAGUCUCUCCAGGUCAUUGGUGCUCAAGUGCAACAGCUACAGACAUGCCCGCUGGUGGGGUCAGUCCAUUGAAGGCUUUGUCCAGAAGUAUGGCUCAGCCUUCCUCAAAGAUCACCGCUUUGGAUCUUUCGCUAGAGUGGAAGUGAACAUCCCUGCCAAAUGGUACGUGAACGGGAAAACAUACAUGGAGGAUGUGGCCAAUGCUCUCGAAGAAGCCAAGGAGGAAAUCUUUAUCACCGACUGGUGGCUGAGUCCAGAGAUCUUUUUGAAAAGGCCAGUUGUUGAAGGAAACCGAUGGCGUCUCGACUGCAUACUAAAACGCAAAGCGCAACAAGGAGUUCGAAUCUUUGUGAUGCUCUACAAGGAGGUGGAGUUAGCUCUGGGCAUUAACUCAGGAUACAGCAAGAGAACACUGCUGCGCCUCCACCCCAACAUCAAGGUGAUGCGCCACCCAGACCACGUCUCCUCCGCUGUGUACCUGUGGGCGCAUCAUGAGAAGAUCAUCGUCAUUGAUCAGUCGGUGGCCUUUGUGGGUGGGAUUGACCUUGCUUAUGGACGUUGGGAUGACAGGGAACACCGGCUCACCGAUGUUGGGAGUGUGACGCUCUCUCACUUGGAGCAGGCUGCAGCUGCCUCUCCCAGCAUGGCUGCCCAAGCCAACGGCAGUGGUACGUUUUCCCAGAGCAACGGAAAAGGCGUAUUCACUGUGGCAGACUCGAUGGACCAGCCAAGGCUAAAGAGUCACGGGAGGUUGAGGAGGACCAGGAUGAGCAUCAGAAGACACCUGCAGAAACACGGGCUGGCCCAUCCCGAUAGCGACAGUGACCUGGAGCACGAAGAGUCCUCUGACCCAGUGCAAAAUGAGCCUGCGGGGGUCGGAGAGUUGCAUGGGAACACGCGAUUCUGGCACGGGAAAGACUACUGCAACUUUGUGCACAAGGACUGGAUUCAGCUAGAUAAGCCUUUCGAUGAUUUCAUAGACAGGCACAAAACUCCCAGAAUGCCUUGGCAUGACAUCGCCUCAGUGGUUCAUGGGAAAGCAGCUCGGGAUGUGGCCAGACACUUCAUCCAGCGGUGGAAUUUCACUAAGCUUGUGAAGCCAAAGUACCGCUCCCUGUCAUACCCAUAUCUGCUGCCCAAGUCUCACACCACUGCUGGAGAACAGCGAUACCAAGUCCCCAACUGCAUCCCCACCAAAGUACAGAUCCUGCGCUCAGCUUCAGAUUGGUCUGCUGGCAUCAAAUACCAUGAAGAGUCCAUCCACAAUGCCUACGUCCACGUCAUCAAGAACAGCCAGCACUUCAUCUACAUAGAGAAUCAGUUCUUCAUCAGCUGUGCCGACAACAAAUAUGUUUUCAACCAGAUAGGAGACGCGAUUGCAGAGCGCAUCAUUCGUGCGUACAGGGAGGGUAAAACGUAUCGCGUUUAUGUGGUGACGCCGCUGUUGCCGGGAUUUGAAGGAGACAUCAACACUGGAGGCGGCAGCGCCAUCCAGGCUGUCAUGCACUUCAACUACAGGACCAUGAACAGAGGAGACCACUCCAUCAUUUCCCAGCUCAAGAAAGAGAUGGGAGAUAACUGGAUAAACUACAUCUCCAUCGCUGGUCUGAGGACUCACACUGAUCUGGAGGGGAAGCUCGUCACUGAGCUCAUCUAUGUCCACAGCAAGAUGCUCAUCGCGGACGACAACACCGUCGUCAUCGGUUCUGCCAACAUCAACGACCGGAGCAUGCUGGGAAAGCGGGACAGCGAGGUGGCGGUGAUCGUGGAGGACUCGGAGAUGGUGGACUCGGUGAUGGACGGAGAGCCGUACAAGGCGGGAAAAUACGCCCUGCAGCUCCGGCUCGAGUGCUUCAAGACGAUCCUCGGCACUUACACAGAUCCCACCAUCGAUGUUUCGGAUCCAAUCAGCGAUCACUUCUACAAGGAGGUCUGGAUGUCCACCAGCGCUCGCAACGCCUCCAUCUACCAGCGAGUUUUCCGCUGUCUGCCAUCCAGCGACGUCCGUAACAUAAUGGAGUUGGAGGGCUACCUGGCCAAGGCCGGCCUGGACAAGGAGGACCCGGCUCGGGCUCAGGAGGAGCUGAAGAAGAUCCGUGGCUUCCUCGUUCAGUUUCCUCUUCAGUUCCUGUCUGAACAAAACCUGCUUCCACCCAUCGGCUCCAAGGAGGCUAUGGUGCCCAUGGAGGUCUGGACCUGAGGCAGACGGGGCACGUCUGUGUUCGUUGAGUGGAAGGUGGAUAGAAAACACUCUGACGCCAUUCUGGAGGUCUGACGGGGCUCUGACCAAAAACAGAUGAGGUCAUGCUGGAGCUUUUUAAAUGUUAUGAUCUCUGUUUCACAUCAUAGAUUAUAGCUCAUGAUUGCAUGUUAAGAAGACAGCAUCUCCCUGAGUUGAGACUCUCCACAAACACACAGACCGAUGUCAAAAAUGCUGACAUGUUCACAGAGAGCAGAGACUGGAAAAAUGAAGUAAUCAUAGAUAAAAUCAUACAUGAAGUUUAAAGGAUAAAUAAAUGUAUUGACAACAGGCAAUUUAUGUGAUUUAAAUAGAUUACCUGGCAGCCUCAACAGGCGUGCCACAGGAAAACAGGUGUGGUCAAAACCGUUUAAAAUGGUUGUGUCACACAAGGAAAUCACAGAAAUCGGAGAUUAUUUAGAAACACCUACUAAUUACUGUGAUGAGCUUUAAGCUGCAGCUUUAGAGGAAUGUCUGCCCUUAAGGCAGAAAUAUUUCUGGAUACUCAUGUCAAUAAAGCAGGAACUAAAAUGCGGUCAGUUCCCCAAAUUUUGUCCAAGCAGGCUUUUGUGUGUUUGUUCAAACCCACAUUUGUUUGAGUUACACUAAUCUGAAAAAGCUCUAAUAAGCUCCAGUUUCUAAACGAAUAUACGAGACCACACCUGACUAUACAUCAAGCAGCCACAACAUUAAACCUUCUGACAGGUGAAUCACAUCUUGUGAAAAAACAGUGCUUUGCUGAGAAGCUUUGAGUCCUGGCAUCCCAUCAAAAGAUAGUUGCAGACUAAAUGCAUACACCCUUUUAUGUUACCAACACUCCCUGACAGCAGCGGUCUCGUCCCAGCAUGAUGAAACAUGACGCAAAACCUUCCCGGGAACACGAUCUCCACCUAGAGGCCAAAACUUCUAAUCUUCACUAAAAUCUGGUCGACCAUCAGCAGGAUGAGCCAGAGCAGGCAGAGCAAUCAAUGCAGCCCACAUUAUUAAAGGACAGUCAUUAGGGUCGGGCAUGGACCUCAAGUCCUGGGCAGUUUUUGCUUUGUGGGGGAGACCACUGCUGUUGCAACGGGUGGUAGCAUGUAGAUGUGCAUGAGCUUGGUCUGCAGAAAUCGUGAUACAUACCAGGGCCCUGGGGCAGAAUCUUUAAUUGCAUCAAAAUUACAAAUGUUAUUCAUUUAAACUGCCAGGACUUCUGUUCUCACAGCCUGGGGUGACCACAUCAUGACUGUCCCCACUUUGUGACAUCAUACAGAGCCAAUAGUGGAAACAUUUUUAUAAACAGAGGGUUUGGAGCAGUGUGAGUUUUGGGCUCAGCCAUGUUUAACAUGACUAUCCACCAUCUGAUUUAUGACAGAAGGUGGACAGACCUAAAUGUUGUGGCUCUUUGGUGUGUGUUACUUUCUGUGUUUAGUAGCUCCAAAAACCAGAAUUGACUCUUUGUUACAGACAUACAGCAGUUUUGAUUACAGCCUUGUAAACGUCACCUCCAGCAUGGCGUCAGCUGUGAUGUAACAUCUAUGAACCUAACCUUACAAUGUUCAAAGACUGAGAGAGACUCCACAGCUUCCCAGAGCUCAUAUGUGCACACAGGUUGCUUCUGAACAGAAGCAACAGACAUGGGCGUACAAACCAGCAACAGAGGGAGCGAUGGACUCUACAGUGCCUGAAAAUCUAGGCCUCGUGUUUACAGGAAAAAAUGAAAUUCCCCUGUCACCGUGAAGCUAUUACUCUACCUUUUUUGUUUGUUUUUUAAGUACAGCUUGAGCCUCCGUUCUCUAACAACACUAUGCAACGUCCAGCUCUGACUCUUCUGCUUUCAAAAGACACUAAAUCGUUAAAUCCAGCAGAGCAGAGGCGGGGAUGAAGAGCCGGAUCGAGCUGUCGGGCGUCUCUGCACAUGUUUUCCUUUUAAACUUGUCUCAUGUGGCUGCUUUUAAUAUUUAUGUCAAACAGGAAAUCAAACGUGCCAAAGAUGACGGACUGUACGCUGAUGUUAACACACAUUCCUCAUACUGUGGAUUCUGCAUGACUUAAGCCUCAAGUGACCUACGUUUAUACCAGCUGUACUGAUAUAGCUCUAUGUUGCUGGUUUCUAAUUUCCUAAUAAUAAUUUUCUGGAAACCACUACUGUAACUUGGUGAUUGGGGGAUUUAAAUAAUAAUAAAUAUUAAUUUAUUACUUGUGUGUAAUUGGGAACAUUUUUCUAGAUGUAAUAAAUUAUUUUCAUUGGUUGACUUUUAGAAAGACUCCAGUUAUUGAGAUCAAUUCAUACAACGUGUCACUAUUUCCAGGAAACUAUUAGGAAAUUAUAGACUUGUAUAAAGCUAUUUUAUUUUGGAGAAGCAUGCAUGAAGAGUUUAUUAAAUUGCUGCAUUUCCUUUUGUGUCAGAAAGCGGAAAUUUCCCACAAUGGCUAACUUUGCAUUAACAGGUAAUACUGGUUUGUUACUGGUAUAAUGGAUGUUUUAUGUCCACCAGGGGGCGGUAGAACAACAUGUUACCACUUUAGUAAGUUGUUGUGAUGACUGUGUCUGCAAACUGUUGCCAGUUUAGACAAGCAGCAGGAAUAAAGACGCGUGAUUGUCCAUUACUGAGUUCACCUGCUGAAUAUCCAUCAAAUCUAAUUCGGAAAGUUAUGAUGCCAAAGUCUGUCACUGUUCCAGAUGGUGAUUCCCAAUGUUUGGUUGACUGAACGACUGAACAGCGGUGCUUGGAUAGAUCUCCCCUUGGUGAACUUGUGUGUGUGCAGCGUUGCUACCAUGAGACACUGCAGUCACAUGUUUUUGCUACCAUGAAGUCAAUCAAAGCUCUCUUAUCUUAGAUCAGGACGUCUGCCUGUGAUACUUGUGAUACUAUUUGCAUUCUGCCUUUUAGUCAUUUUAAAUUAUCCGGUGUUAACAGUCAUGGGGGAUCUAAAAGAGUAGCUUCUGUCACAUUUUCACAAUCCUGAAUCAACUAUUCACCCCAAAAGUCAAACUUUCACUCUUUCAGCUGCAUAUUUGGUCUCCACCUACUCUAAGAAUUGCCUCUUACAGUUCAGCUGCUACAUGUAACACUAUACUGAUCGGCUACUUGGAUAGUCUGUGUAGAGUUGAGGAGAAUCCAACAAACAAAAGCCUUCAAUGCUUGUGGCGUUCCUUUGAAAUUGGAUUAAGUGUUGGUCCUAUUUGGAACAGAACUGCACUUUGGUGUAAAGUGCGACGAAGUCAGACCACAAGACUUUCAUGAUUUCAUAUUGACUUUGUGGACUUUGACUGAUUUAUGU